CGGCCGCCGCGCGUCUCGGGUCUCCGGGCCACCGCCCGGGUCGUGAAGCCAGGAGCGACGUCACCGCCAUGGCGGGCAUCAAAGCUUUAAUUAGUUUGUCCUUUGGAGGAGCUAUCGGACUGAUGUUUUUGAUGCUUGGAUGUGCCCUUCCAAUAUACAACCAAUACUGGCCCCUCUUCGUUCUCUUCUUUUACAUCCUCUCGCCCAUUCCGUACUGCAUAGCCAGAAGAUUGGUGGACGACACAGACGCCAUGAGCAACGCUUGUAAGGAGCUCGCCAUAUUCCUCACCACAGGUGUCGUCGUCUCGGCCUUUGGGCUCCCUGUAGUGUUUGCCAGGGCACAUCUGAUUGAAUGGGGAGCAUGCGCACUUGUUCUCACCGGAAACACAGUCAUCUUCGCGACUAUUCUAGGCUUCUUCCUGGUCUUCGGGAGCAAUGAUGACUUCAGCUGGCAGCAAUGGUGAAGCGCUGCUGAACUGUAGUCACAUGGACUUCUGUCAUCGGCCGUCCGUCCGUCUGUCCGCCCGCCCGUGCACAGGAGAGGGGCCGUGAUGCUGACUUGUUGGCGAGCCUCUGGGGGUGUCCUAGGUGCUCCCUUCUCACUGUUAUCCGCCUCCUGUUUCCACAGGGACCUGCUAAGGAUUAAAAGGAUUUUCUCUUUUGGAAAAGCUUGACUGUUUUCCCACUUCUCUAGCCUAUGCUUUCCAUGGUGUCCUGCUAAAUCUCAAUACGUACAUGUUUUCCCUGUUCAGUUGUUUUAAAAUCAGUAUGCAAUGUUACACAUUUUUUAAGAUGUAAUGACCAUUUGCACUGGUUUAGGAAUUCAGAACUUCUGGCUGUACUAUGGGCUAAAGUACAUAUUUUCUCUAAAAAUCAGUUAGUCUCCAUUAUAAAAAACUAUACGUAAGUUUUCAUCCAGUCAGGAUGCCAUCACUCCAGGUAAAUGCAAACAUGCAGAGCGUUGACACACUUUAUCUACUAUUUACUCAGUGCAAAGAUAGCUGCAUUUAUACCUCAGGGGGGCCGACUAACCCUGCCCAUGCCCUCCAUAAGGGUUGCUGGUUUUACUAGUGGACAGGUGUUUUGUGAAUUGAAAAUUAUUUUGUGGAAUUGCUAUAAAAGAGUGCUUUUCUCCUCAACUGUUGGAAGAAUUUAUGUUAAACUCUAAGGUACACGUGUGAAAAGUUCAGAGAUCCAGUUUAUAUUCUUGUUUAUUAUGGUCAAAGCAAGUGAGUUGCCGUGUGGGAAGAAGCGACGUUGGCUUCCCACUGUCUGAGUGCUGUCUUCAUCUGUGGUGACGAGUGUGAGCUCCGUCACCUCUCAUGGUUUGGAGGACAAAAGGGAUAUGCAUGGAACAGGUGUGUGUUUGCAGUGUAGAUGCUCAAAAACUUCCCUCUGCUUCCUCCUUUUAACUUAUUUUGUACAUUGUAUAUACUAAGUAAAAGAACUUUUCAAAUAUAGUUUAAUAAUGUUUAGAAAUGUUUGACUACUAGGAAACCGAUUGCUAUGCCAUACGUUCAGAGUGCCCCUCCCCCACAAGGCCUUGAUGUGAUUCACAAGUGACUCGUUAGUCUUGCAGGUAAUCCAGGAGCAAACAGUUGUAAGACUUAGACAGUGGAAAGAGUAGUCUCCCAACCUUACAGCACAUGUAUUUUAAAAACAUUUAAGGCAGGCUUGCUGUAAACCUCUCAGUUGUCUGGGCUUUGGUUUCAUGGUGAUGGAUCUGCUGUUGUAAGGAAGGUAUCUAUUGUAUGUGUUAAUACAGAGUAGCCAAAUCCAGCUAUGUCAGAGCUUCAAACACAGACCUGACCAAAAAUGGUGACCAGGCAUGACCACAUCGUAGCAGUCAUUUGCUUCUUCAGUUCUCAGUACUUAACCUAAGAGCUGGUUAUGAAAAUGUUCGGACUGAUCCAGCAGUAUUUUGUGAGGACAUUUGUAUGUUUCUCUGGUGUGCUCACAUAAAAAGAAGUGUUCUGCCUUUAGCUGAAAAUGAGUAACCAUGACAACUGUCUUUUGUUGUUUUUUUUUUCUACAGUUUAUUUCUCAAAAAAACAAACAAAAACAGCAAAACCCAGAAAAAUGCACCAAGUUUGUUCAGCUUUUUACUAAAGACGCCUAAAGCUGCAGUUUUUAUUUUGUUUUUGUUUGCCUUGACCCAUGUUUCAUUACCUUUGGCUGGGAGGUGGGAAGCAGUAUGAAAUGCCCAAAUGCGGCUGUGCCGUUUGUGGGUUAGACCAGAAAUGGCUUGUUGAGUAAUGAUGAGGGAGACUCGAGGGCGGGUGUGGACAUGGUCAGAGCCCUGCCUGGGAUCAGGGUGGAGCGGGAGGUUCCUCCUUCACACACGAAGUGCUGAGCGCUUGGCCGUAGCCUCCUCUUCUAACAGCUGCACAUUCUUUCUGGGUACUAAUCUUAGCAGCAUUGCUUGUCCCACAUGACACUGGCUUGCCAGUCUCAUCUCUGGUUCCUAGGCUGGCUACUCACAAGUAAGCACCAACGCAUUGUCAUUCUGCGGUGGAGAGAGAGAGAACUUUUGAUGACGAAACAAUAAAGAUUUUAAAUAUCCGUUUUA